GCGGGUAGGCCGCGAUGUGGCACCGGUCGGUGUGCGUGGGCCUGCUGGCCCUGGCGCUGGGCUACCUCUGCCUGCUGGGCCCCGAGCUGUCCCCGCCGGCCCUGCGGCACCUCUCCGCCUCGCUGCUGGGCACGCUGCGGCGCGCCGGCUCGCUCGAGGGCCGCAUGGUGUCGGCCUGGCAGGCGGCCAUCGUCCGCCCAGCCCGCGGGUGGGCGCGCGUCGCCGUCGGCGUCAAUGCCUGCGUGGACGUGGUCCUGUCCGGUGUGAAGCUGUUGGAGGCGCUGGGUGUGGAGCCCGGGGACGGGAAGAAUCACGCGGUGCUGAGCUCCCGGCGGGACCUGGGGGAGGCGUUCGCUCACUUCAUGGACAAGGGGGCGGCUGCCGAGCGCUUCUUCAGCGACGCCGAGUCCUUCCAGCGCAUCGCCCGCACGGCCUCCGAGCACCCCGGGGCCCAGCUGUACGUGGGAGGAAACGCUGCACUCAUCGGUCAGAAGCUUGCAACAAAUCCAGACCUGAAGAUCCUCCUUUGUGGCCCAGUUGGUCCUAAACUCCAUGAACUACUUGAUGACAACGUGGUUGUGCCACCUGAAUCCAUGCAGGAAAGAGAUGAAUUCCAUCUUAUCUUGGAAUAUCAAGCAGGUGAAGAGUGGGGACGAGUGAGAGCACCCAAUGCCAACCGCUUCAUCUUCUCCCACGACCUGUCGAAUGGUGCCUUAAACAUGCUGGAAGUGUUUGUGUCCAGCCUGGAUGAAUUUCAGCCAGACCUGGUGGUGCUCUCAGGACUUCACAUGAUGGAAGGCCAGAGCAAGGAGAUGCGGCAGAGACGACUUAUGGAGGCUGUGGCCUCCAUCUCUGACAUCCCCACUGACAUCCCCAUACACCUGGAGCUGGCCAGUAUGACCGACCAAGAUUUUAUGAGCAACAUAAUGCAUCAGCAGGUCUUUCCCCUGGUGAACUCCAUUGGGCUGAAUGAACAGGAGCUGCUGUUCCUCACGCAGGCUGCUUCUGGUCCUCACGCAUCCCUCACUUCCUGGAGUGGCAUUCCCGACGUGGGUAUUGUCAGCGACAUCCUCUUCUGGAUCCUGAAGGAGCACGGGAAGACCACGGAGCGGGCCUCUGAUCUCACACGGAUCCACUUCCACACCCUGGCCUACCACAUCCUUGCCACUGUGGAUGGGUACUGGGGCAACCAGGCUGCUGCUGUGGCUGCUGGAGCUCGAGCAGCAGGGACUCAGGCCUGCGCCACCGAAACCAUCGACACCACCAAAGUCUUUCUUAAAGCUCCUAUGGAGUUUGUGACCUCCCAGAUAGAGGCACCUUCCAAAAUCUCUAUAAAUCCAGAUGAGCCAGUGGUGCAUUGGCACCGAGAAGGCAUCUCCUUCCAUUUCACUCCUGUUUUGGUGUGUAAAGAUCCUGUCCGGACCGUGGGACUUGGGGAUGCUAUUUCAGCUGAAGGACUGCUGUAUUCGGAAGCAUAUCCUCAAUAGAAAACUAAGACCCUCCCUUUUCUCCAGUACUGUACUGUGUCUGAGGAACCAUGGGUUAGGAUUUCAGGCAGUGGUGGUAUAGGAACAGAAUCAGGUUGUGGUGGGUUUCCUGGAUAUAACUGAAAAAAGAGCCAAAGAACAAUUCCAGGUAUAAACUGUCCAGCACAUUCCAGUCACUGACAGUGACUUGAACGCUUCUUGUUUAGGUGCAGGUGUUUUGGUAUUUAAUGUGAAAAUGGGCUUUGCUUCGUCUUAAGCACAUGGGGAGGGAAAUGAGUAUUGAAAUCCCUGUUUGGAACUCCAAAUGGCUCCUGUUCCGUUAGUGCUGGAAAGCAGAGCAGCCGGGAGGAGUUCCUGGUGCGGAUCCCAGGGAGAACGCUGUUUUCCCUCUGCUAAACUGAAAAUAAAAGGCUCUUGCAUUAUCUCCUCCCAGCCCCUUGCUGGUGGCAGGAGCAAACCUUCUGCUUGCUUGGUGGGAGGAUGGAAGCUUUUGCCUUUCAGCCCCAGCGUCCCCGGCCCUGGGGAGAGCCAGGGUCCCAAAAUGUGAUGCACGCUGCACGACUCCUUACAUGCACCCACAAAACCUGGCUCAAGGCUGCCUACAUUUACCCUGGGUAUCUCUUGUCUCUGUACUAAAGGUAUCCAGCUGAGCCCUAGCAGCCUGUGCUUAGUUUUUGGGGGAAGCUAGAAGUGAAGAUGAUCAGGGUUGCUAUUGGAGGAGACAGCUUUGUUUGCUUGCCGGGUAAACUACAAAGCAAUAUAGCUGUGGUUGCUGUGCACUCAAUGCCUUCUUUGCUAACAGUGGGUGCUUAGAUCUGGUAUUUUGGAGAGCUGUGGAGUGCUGGAGACCAAGGUUUCGUUGUUGCUUGAGAAAGGUUGUGCAGUUUCUUCAGUUUCCCUGCCCUCCAUUCCAGUGUUACUAUACUGGGGAAUCUGGAGGCACAAAAGCCACGACAUCAUUUUCCAGGUAAGACUGAAGGUGAGGAAGGCUUUGUUUUAGGGUUUGAUGGGUUUUUCCCUCUUUGAUGGGUCACUGAGAGUUUCUUUUCUCUGGACAGCCUUUGACAUUAAACAAGUACAACCA